AGGUCGCUUCUGACUUGCGGGUCAUACAAUGAUAAAUUUGAUCAAAUUAUCCGAGAUACCUCAAACUAUUGAAAUUGACAAUGAUAAACAUUUGAAAUACUGACGCCGCCUGCUGUUGAAACAAUCGAGCCAACAAUUCUCAAAAUGUCUGAGGAGACAAACAUCGGAGGGGGUCAGGACGAGGAGGAAAAGAAUUCCGAGGGUCCCCCUCACCUGUCUGAGAAUCUCUCCGACGAGAUAGCCAGUAUGUGGGAGAUACCGCAGAUGUAUCAAUUUUUGUGUCUGGCAAAGGAGACACUCGGUAUACAACACCUGUCGAUGUACGAAAUGGAGAGAAUGCUAUUAAUGCCGAAGGCAUCCAAACAACUCGGCAGUAUCAUGACAUCUCUCUUGUCCCCACCAAUGCCAAAAUCCAAACUACGAACUAUGCCACCGAUGCCCUAUCAAUUUUGGACGAAUUUGCUGGCACAAAAGGCACUCGGUUGGUUCAAAGUUUAUCAGGUUAAGGAGGGAGACAGUGUCAAAGUUUUGGAGACAAUAGGUGUUGAGCCAGAAUUUUGGAAGAUAUUUCCCCAGCCUGAGCUCAUAAGUGAACGUAAAUUCGACAAGUUGAGCCUUAGGGAGAGAGUAUGGCUACUUAAAACAGUCUGUGAUACUUUGAUCCACUCGCGACGAUCGCUGCAGGAUGAAAUUGUUAGAAAUUAUUUAGACGACGACAGUGAAAUGGUACUUGGCAAGGAUAGACACGGUGCCAGAUACAUUUAUUUUCCAAUAUUCCUGGAUAACGAUCUCCGUGUGUAUCGUCACUGUCUCGAUAAUAAGAUUUUACUGAGUCUUAAACAUGGAAAGAAGGAAUCCAAGCCGAAGGCUGAAGUGGCGAGUGAGAAGAAAAUGGUUAAGAGGAAGAGGAAGAGUUGGAGGUAUGGGAAAUUGCCGACUAAAUCGAAAAAACGUGCAGCUAAGAGUGAUAAAGAGAAGAUUGAGCUGACUGAGCAGGAGGACAAGAACGAUGAUGGGGGGGAGGUUCAGGUGGAGGAUAAGGAGAAAGUUGAUGAGGAAACGAAGGAAGAUGGAAAGGAAGAAAUUAACGAGGAGGAGGAGAAUCCUGGGGACAAGAACGCGGUUGAGGAACCGAGGGAUGAAGAGAAAACUGAGGAAGCUGAUGUGCCAAACGCUGAACCGGAGGCAUCUACUCAAGCUAAGGAUGGCCCACCUCCGCCGGAGGAGCAGGAGACUCAGUCCCUCCGAGACGAUGUCUCCAAUUGCUCGAAAACAGAUGAUGAGAAGAUUAACGAGAAGCGGGCUGCGAGUCCAGUGCUUGCGAAAAGUCGAUCGGAGGUAUCGAAGAGCGAUGAUGAGAAGAUCAUCGAGACUAAGUCACCGAAUGUCGAGGAGGAAAAGGUCGAGGGUUGUGAGGGUAUCGCGAAGGAGCCGGAGGAGUCAACGACUUCGGAAAAUAAUAUUGGCGAAUGCAUUAGUGACACGACUCAUAACGCGGACGAUAGCAAUACAGCUGAUACGGAAUUGAAUAGUGAUACGACGAGGGCUGCGUCGAAGAGGGAAAUUGAGGAGUUCAAACGUAUGAUAACGGACCUGGGGGAAUCGAGUUUCCGGCUGGUAGCUGAUAGUUCAGACGCGCUGAGGGAUCUGGUGGCGUGCUUCGAAGCCCAGAACUAUCCGGAGGGGCCUGAAACGGUGGCUUGCGAGGUGCAAUUGAUAAAGAAACUCAAUGCCUUGAUUACGGAGUUGGAGACGAUUGAGGCGACUCUGAGGCAGUCGAAGAUUGUGGCUAAGGAGAAAUUGCAGGAGGAGUGGAACAAGUUUCAGGACGGUGAUAAAGAGAAUGGGGGCCAGCCAGCUGAUGGGGAGAAGGGUUCUAAUACAUGGAUUAUUGGAUCGCAGGGCUGUCCUUUGCUUGCUAACGGUGACACGUUGUCACAAUCCAGCAUGGAGGGACAACAAGUCACUGAGGGAGGAGUGAAAAUUAAGAUUGAGAAGAAGGAUCCUGAUGAAGAGAGCAAUGGUGAAGGGAUUCCGGGAUCAAACGGCGAUACUGGGGAUGCGGGGGAGUUCGAGAGCAUGACAAAUGCGUCCAGGGAGGAGGUGGAGGGGCUGAGCACGAGUGAUGGGUAUUAUGGGAGCACAAAUUCACCAGUAUCAGUGUCUCAAGAGCUGCAGCUUACCACUCUGACAAAACUCUCGAGUCCCGGGGAACGGGGCUCGCAGGAUUUAUCGCAGGGUGAUAGCCUCCGGGGAGCUUGCGAGAUGUACACCGGAAGCUUUUGCUCCCAAUACCUGUCGAACCGCACGGUCCACAUCCCCCCCUCGUCAACGCAAAAAUCGACGGAGGAGAGUCUCUCCCGGGCCUGGGACUCUCUCCACAACUUGAUGGAGGACCCAGCCUGCGUGCCCUACCUGACCCCCGCCCUGUGCUACUCCUCGUUCCCCCCCUGCGCCUCACCCGCUCCCAACCCCCUCCCCGAAGCCCCAAAAGCCCCAGCACCCCCCGGCCUCAGCCGCAGCCUCUGCCGAGAGGACUGCGAGAUGCUGCAGUCGACCUGCGGCAGAUCCUACGCAGCAGCGCGCCGCCACCCCCUGACAGGUCCAUCGCUCGUCGACUGUCCCGACUCAGCUGUUGAAUCAACCGCUUCUCUCUCCAGCUGCCUGACCCUGACCCCCUCCGACCCAGACCUAAACGAAAAAGACUCCUGUUACUGGGGAAAUGGAGCUGCCUACCGAGGCCUGAUCAAUACAAGUGCCUCGGGGCUCCCCUGCCUGAAGUGGAUGCACCAUUUCCCCCAGUCGAUAUCGGAUUAUCCCGAGUUGAAAGGCCAUCACAAUUACUGUCGAAACCCUGGUGGCACAGAGCCCCAGCCCUGGUGCUACAUCGACGUCGAUGGAAGAGCGAAGAAGCAGUCCUGCAGCAUCUCGAGGUGCAGUGAGCACUCGACAACGUCAGUGAGCCCAGAGCUCCCCAGGAAGCUGAACCAGGAGGGAACCUGCGAAGUCUACACUGGGAAAACGUGCGAGCAGUACGUGGGGAACCAGACGGUCUACAUUCCCCACCCAAUGACCCAGAAAAUGCUGGAGGAGAAGCUCAUGCAGGCCUUUGGAGUCAUAAACAUCAGCAAGGACCUCUCCAGGAACUGCGCAGUGUACGCCAAGCCGUCCUUGUGCUUCUCGGUCUUCCCGAUCUGUCGGGAGAACCGUUACAGCACUGAGUUAUUCAAUCUCCUGCAUUCGGGGGAUCAGGACGUGGCGGGGGACGAGGAGAACGAGGGGAGCGAUGAGCUGGCGCCACCGAGGGGCAUUCGCAGGAAGAGAAGCCCGCAGAUCAGUCACCGCUCGAGUCUCAGUGUAGAGCAGAAUGAGAGGAUGAUUGGGAAGAGGUUUGGCGAGCCCAGGGCGGCUAGGAGGGACAUGCUUAACAGGAAACUGAGGAGGAUCUGUCGGGAGGACUGCGAGACACUGGAGAACGAACUCUGCAGGACGGAGUACGCUAUUGCCAAGCGGCAUCCGCUUCUCGGGGGGCAAUUCCCUCUGCCGGAGUGCUUCGAUCUGCCGCUUCAUGGGACCAAGGAGUCGCAUGACUGCCUCUCGCUGGGGAUUCUGCUGGGGAAUAAUGCGCAGGAGAACGAUCGAUGCUACUGGGGGAAUGGAUCCUCUUACAGGGGAGUCAUGAACGUCAGCAAAUCCGGGCGUCCCUGCGUGAAAUGGUCGACAUCAACGUUCAACCUCCCCAUCUCCGACUUCCCCGAGCUCCAGGGCAGACACUCGUACUGCAGGAAUCCACCUGUAUCCGGGUCGAAUGACACCCAGCCCUGGUGCUACGUAGAAGCCAACAACAAAUUCCAAAAAGAGCCCUGCGAGAUCCCCAGGUGUGCAGACAGCCUCUGGAUUUACGCUGUCAUCGGUCUCGCCCUGGCCUCAGGUUUUGUCUUCAUCAUCGGCUGCUACUGCUGCUGCUACAAGAGCCGAAAAAUCCGUCGGAGGCCUUCCCACAAUCUGCCACCAGGUAAAAUGAUGACUGGAGUCCAGUGUGACAAGAACAUCUACGACGGGAGGAGGAAUACCAGUCAGCCGAUUGAACUGAGUUCCCUCCUGACCAGUGGUAACAAUGGAGGUGCCACUACCCCUGGAACAGGCACCCUCAGCAGCGCCAGCAGCAGAACAUCGACGAACAGAGUUCCCCAGUACUCCCUCGACAACGUUUCACUGCUUCAGGAGCUGGGGGAAGGUGCCUUUGGAAAGGUGUACAAAGGCCAACUGCAGCCAGUACCUGGGGCCAAGUGUCAAGAGGGCAUCUACGUGGCUGUUAAAACUCUCAAGGAGAACGCCACACCCAAGACCCAGGGCGACUUCAAGAGGGAAGUUGAUCUCAUGACUGAUUUGAGACAUCCCAACAUCAUUUGUCUCCUCGGAGUUAUUCUCAAGGGCGAGCCCAUGUGCAUGCUCUUUGAGUACAUGACGCAGGGUGAUCUCCAUGAAUUCUUAAUCUGCCACUCGCCGAGGUCUGAAGUCACUCUGAAUAAUGCAAGUGAGAAGGUGCUUGAGCAGGCGGAAUUCCUUCACAUCUCUCUGCAAAUAGCCUCGGGGAUGGAGUACCUGGCUGGCCAUCACUACGUUCAUCGUGAUUUGGCUGCUAGGAACUGUCUCGUUGGCGAGAAUCUCACGGUCAAGAUAUCGGAUUUUGGAUUGUCAAGGGACAUUUACAGCAGUGAUUACUACAGGGUUCAGUCCAAGAGCUUAUUGCCUGUUCGUUGGAUGCCCCCGGAGUCCAUUCUCUAUGGAAAAUUCACGACUGAGUCCGAUGUUUGGAGCUUUGGGGUCGUCCUCUGGGAGAUUUACAGCUACGGACUGCAGCCGUAUUAUGGGUACAACAAUCAGGAGGUCAUCGAUAUGAUCAGGUCUAGACAGCUUUUACCUUGCCCUGAGGACUGUCCCACUAUGGUCUACAGUUUGAUGAUUGAGUGCUGGCACGAAGUCGCCAAUCGUAGGCCGCAGUUUCCGGAGAUACAUCACAGGCUUCACAAUUGGUAUGUCAAUCAGACGUAUUUGAUGGGGCAGAAGGGCUCGAGCAAGGUGGGGUCACCUGCCAUUCAGGGGAGGGGGGCUGAGGGGACACUGGCGAGGUGUGGGACGUCACCGAAUGGUGGAGGUCUGCCUAAUCAUGAGCAUGCCAAUGUCAAUUCUGGAGUGGAGGAGAAAACUUGCUGUUCGCCAAAGCUCAGUGGGGCCAGGAAGGUUCUGCCCACUGGGCCACAGGUGAAAUGUUCGCCUAACAGUAGGAUUCAGAAUGGCGCGCAGAUGGUAGUGAGACUGCCAGAUCCUAGCAAAGACAUUACAGAGACUAGGUUAUCGAAGUAAUUUUAACGAAUGAAUGUUCAAUGUUUUACAUGUGCAUUUGGAAUGUUUGGCACAUUGAGUUCAUAUUGUUCUGAACAUAUUUGAUAGGUUUAUGAUUGGGUUUGAGUUUUUGGGGGGGAAUGUAUCAAGCAUUGGGGAUCGACUGACUAUUAAUUGUAUUUAUUUAUUUAUGAGGGAAUUUUUCGGGGGGCUCCCUGGUCAUUCGAGAUGAAUCUGUCUGGUGUCUCGAUAAUACUACAUUCGAAUUACGUGAAUGGACUAUUAAUGCUCAGUAUGCAAGUAAUGUACUAUAAAACGAAAAUUGAAACAAUAAUUUAUGUGUUCUCUACGAAGCAAGACGAGAAAUUGGUGUAAUGUCCAAGAUAACUGUAUGGGGUGUAUUUCUACAAAAUGGUUUGUGAUUAACAAAUCGUGGAUUAACGUUUUCUCGGAUCUAUUGAGACUGCUGGAGUGACAAAAAGAUGAACUAUAUUUUACAACUUCUGGGUAAUUCCAGGGAAAUUGGGGGGAUGUACCAAUUACAAAAAAAUGUGUACUUAAAGUUCAAGUUAAUUAAGACGACUAGUAUUUAAUCUGAUGUAUUUCUACCGACUGAUGAUGUGUGUACUUCUUUUAUAAUUUUUUAAAAAUUGAGGGGUGAACAUCAAUUGCCAUGCUUAUCAUUUUCAUAUGAUGUAAUAUUAUAUA